AAUAUUCAUGCCGUAGCGCCCGCGGGGGCGGGGCCUGGGCCUCGCCCGCCCGCCCGCCCGGGUCCGACCGGGUGCUGAUGGCGGGAGGCAGCGCCGGGGCGGGUGGAGCCGGGGCCGGCGGCCGGCCUGGUCCCCGGCUGGACGGGCUGUUCCUGCGGCGCUUCCUGCGGCUGCAGGCCGUGCUCUUCCCCGGCUGGCCCUCCCCCAGCGCCCUGAUGUUCCUGACGCUGCUCUGCGUCGCCUUGCUGGAGCAGCUGCUUAUUUACCAGGUCGGCGUCAUCCCCAGCCGGUACUAUGAGGUCCUGGGGAACAAGGACUUCUCCGGGUUCAAAACGCUGACUGCCGUUGCCCUGACUCUGAUCGUAGCGAACUCCACGCUAAAGAGCUUCGACCAGUUUAUCUGCAACAUGAUGUACGUGAGCUGGAGGAAAUCCCUCACCGAAUACCUCCACAGCUGCUACUUCCAAGGCCAGGUCUACUACAGCCUGCAUGUGCUGCGCGAGGACAUCGAUAACCCGGACCAGCGCAUCAGCCAGGAUGUGGAGAGGUUCUGCAGGCAGCUCAGCUCCAUGGCCAGCAAACUCAUCAUCUCGCCCUUCACACUGGCCUACUACACGUACCAGUGCUUCCACAGCACAGGCUGGCUAGGCCCGGUGAGCAUCUUUGGGUAUUUCAUCAUUGGGACAAUUGUCAACAAGGUAUUGAUGAGCCCAAUUGUGUCUAAACUUGUGCAGCAGGAAAAACUGGAGGGGGAUUUCAGGUUCAAGCACAUGCAGAUUCGUGUCAAUGCGGAACCAGCUGCUUUCUACAGGGCCGGGCGAGUGGAGCACAUGCGCACGGACCGGAGGCUGCAGAGCCUGCUGCAGACCCAGAGGGAGCUGAUAGGGAAGGAGCUGUGGCUAUACAUUGGGAUCAACACCUUUGACUACCUGGGCAGCAUCCUGAGCUAUGUGAUCAUUGCCAUUCCCAUCUUUUCUGGGGUCUAUGGUGACCUGAGUCCAACAGAGCUCAGCGCCCUUGUCAGCAAGAAUGCCUUUGUUUCCAUCUACCUUAUCAGCUGCUUCAGCCAGCUUAUAGAUCUCUCCAGCACUGUGACCGAUGUAGCUGGCUACACGCACAGGAUUGGUGAACUACAGGAGACCUUGUUGAGCCUUGGCAGAAAAAAAAAUAACAGCUACUCAGAAGCCAAAGCCAGCUGGGAUUUGGAUUGCAGCCAUUCUGGGGAGGACCCAGUGCCAAGGGACACAGCUUUCCUUCUGGAGCGGAUGACGCUCUCGGUGCCAUCCUCUGGCAAGCUGCUCAUCAAGGACUUGAGCCUCAGGAUCUCACAAGGAAACAGUGUGAUGAUUGUGGGGAACACUGGCACAGGGAAGACAUCUCUCUUGAGGGUCCUUGGGGGACUCUGGGAGAGCACGCAGGGGAGCAUCAAGAUGCUGACCUGCUUUGGCCCUCGGGGAGUGGUGUUCCUGCCGCAGCGGCCCUUCUUCACCGACGGAAGCCUGCGUGAGCAGGUGAUCUAUCCCCUGAAGGAGAUCUAUCCAGUUUCAGGGUCUGCAGAUGAUGAGAGAAUUGUGCGAUUCCUGGAGCUGGCUGGGCUGACUGAUUUGCUGGCAAGGGCUGGAGGACUGGAUGAGCACGUGGACUGGAACUGGUAUGACAUCCUGUCCCCAGGGGAGAUGCAGAGGCUCUCGUUUGCACGGCUCUUCUACCUCCAGCCAAAAUAUGCGGGUCCGACGGCACCUGAAGAAGCCCCCUCUCGGCAUGCUCACUGGUUGCCACGUAAAGAAGUGUGCAUGCUAGGGAGCAUGGCGUCAGCUGCCAUAUCUGAAGCUCAUGAACCUCUGCAGGGUUCUGGAUGGAAUGUGGGAAAUCUAGCUGUAACGCAGCAAAAGAAGAGAAGGAGCAGUGGAAGAAACGGUCCUGAGAGAUCACAGAAGCAGCUCCCAUUAGCAGAUGGGGCUAAUUCCUUUGCAUACAUAGAUUGCUAGUGACUGCUGGGGACUGGCGGGGGCUGUUGGAGGACUUGUCAUGAGGGCCAGGGUGGGUGUGGGUGAACAGAGCCAGUGUUGGUAGCAUGUAGCCACAUCUAAGUACCUCUCUUCCCCUGAAGCCUGCGGCGUGUUUCGGUGCUGUCUGGGCAGAAGGAACCUGUGGAUUGCAAACUAAAAGCUGUAGACAUGAUGUAAAACAAAUUAAAUUUAUCUGCUCCAGAUCUGUAGUAUUUACCCUUAACUGACAGGAAGGUGCCUCAGGCCAUUCUGGAUGCUCCAGGGGGUAUCUGGGCCGGAGGGGUGCACAGGCUGCUGCUCAGCCUGGUGCUCUCGCAUAUGGCCUGCCUUGAGAAGGUUGCAUCUUGGCUUUCACAACGGUGAGGACGAGGCAGUGGCUGGCGGCUGUUGAGGGAGAGGAAUGAGGUGAACGGCGCUGCUUGGGUAGAUUCAAGGGCUUGUGGGGAAGGGCAGCUUUCCCAGUUGACUGACACAAGCUGUACCACAGGAAAAUCAGAGUCCUUGGGCUUCUCCAGAUGCUCUUGGUGAACUCAGGUUAAUAUGUGAAAUGUUCUCUGCAGUUGC